GCAAGCCCAACUCGGGAGAAAAUAAACACGUCCCGCAUCCGAUCGAACCGGUGGCGACGACGGAAUUCUUCUCUGCCGACAUGGACGAGCAAAGGAAGCGGACCGCCGUCUCCUCGUUUGUCCGCGGCAGGUCCCGCCGACGGAGAUGGAGCCCUCCAUCGCCCCUCCCCGCGCCUCCUACCGCGGCGGCUAGCUUUGCGGACCUCCCGUUCGACGUGCUCGCACGGCUGGCGGCGCCCUUCGACGUGCCCACCCUCUGGGCCGCAAGCACGGUGUGCCAGUCCUGGCGGGAGGCCCUCCGGCCGCUUCGGGAGGCUAUGGUGCUACUACGUGUGGGAAAGGGUUACAAGCGCGGUCGCGGCCCCGGGAUCGGCCGCCCCAACCCUCACCGGGCUCUCGAGUACUUCCUCAAGGGCGUCGACCGGGGUUCGGCACCCGCCAUGGUCGACGCCGGGCUCAUGUACUGGGAGAUGGGGAAGAAGGAGGAGGCGGAGGCCUUGUAUCGGAGGGCAGCUGAGCUUGGCUAUCCGGCUGGGCAGUGCAAUCUCGGCGUCUGCUACUUGGAAGCUGAUCAACCCAAAUCAGAAGAGGCUGUGAAGUGGUUCUAUCGAGCAGCUGAAUCAGGUUAUGCGAGUGCUCAAUAUAACUUGGCACUUUGUCUUCAUAAAGGCCGUGGAGUGAAGAAUGACUUAGCAAAUGCUGCUAAAUGGUACCUGAGAGCUGCACAAGGGGGGAACGUGCGUGCAAUGUAUAACACUUCCUUGUGUUAUUCCACGGGAGAAGGAUUGGUCCAAAAUAUUGGGCAUGCAAGAGUAUGGAUGAAGCGUGCUGCAAAAGGUGGCCACAGUAAAGCACAGUUUGAGCAUGGUCUUCAGCUUUAUUCUUCAGGGGACAUGACGGAGGCUCUUGUCUACCUUGAACUGUCUACACGUGCUGGAGUGGCUGAUGCAGUAGGUAUAAGAAACAGGGUUCUGCAAUCGCUCUGCCAAGCUUCACGAGAUCAUGUGAUGUUGCGUGUGGAGAGAUGGCAACCAUUGUGAUUGCAUCCUGUGCAUUAGGACUAUAUGCGGCCCUUACACCACCCUUGGAGAUUAUCCGGAUCGAUGGCACUUUUCAGCUGCUACCUCUUGCAUCCUUCAUUGAUCAAGGUUUUAGGGCUGCUGCAUUAAGUAAACAGUUUACAGUAACAGCUGGGGAUUAUUUUUUUGGCAGAAUCAGUUUCCCGUGCCAGUCGGGAUCAUCUGGAGAGAACUCGUGGUUGCAGAAUACAUAAAUCGGCCAUGAAUCUUGAUUUGUUUGGUUCAAAAACUCUUGAUGCAGCGGUCGACAUAUUUAUUGUACUGCAUUUAUGUGUAAUAAUAUGUGCAAGUUGUUCGAUAAUGUCACUGUAUUUUCCUUUUUCUUAUUAGACAUUGAACAUGCCAGAGAUUAUUAUCUGUUUAUGACUUAUACCAAACGGGAUGAAUACUCUCAUAAUGAUGUACAAAUUUUGUUCCAAAUGAACAGUGUCGAGAAUGUUUUGUA